AUGCCAUGCAAUGCCAUAUUUGUGCUACCCGAGAAUGAUGGUACGAGCCAUCAUCAAGACUGGAGUUGUUUUCUCAACGCUUUUGGAUCCGCCGAACGAAGUACGAAUAAGCUCUCGGCUCGAAACAUUAUUGAAAAUCUCCCACACGUUGACCACAAUCAUCUGAAAUACGAGUGCGGCGAGUAUGUUCAAUUGCACGUGACUGAAAAAGUAACGAAUACGAUGAAAAGUCGGACCAUUGGAGCGAUAGUUUUGGACCCAAGAAAUCUGACUGGACGAUACAACUUCAUGUCUCUGGAAACCGGAAGAGAAAUCAAUGGGCGAGUGACAACGGCGAUGCCUAAUAUCACUGACGACGUGAUCAAGCGAGUAGAAGAACUCGGACUUGAACAACAGCAGCCGUAUCGAGAAUCGAAAAUGCUGAAGUAUGAAUGGCGACCAGGACAACCGAUCACCGCGGAUGACAUCGUUGCACCUGCUGAUGCAGCACAAGAGCCGCUCAUCUUGCCUGAACCUAUCGUCAUAAAUCUACCAAAUGAUGGGCCCAAUCCUUUCGUACCUAUUGAUGUGGAUGAUCUGCCAGGAGCGGAUGAAAUUGAGACAGAACUACCGGACAAUCAAGAGGAACAAGGGGGGAAACUCAAGGAGCGCAAGGAGCGGAAAUUCAAGGAGCGCAAGUCGAAGCACUGGUCGAAGCUCAAGGAGCGCAGAACGGCAACCAAGAGCAACCACAAGACGUGA